UUUAUUUUGACAAUCAGCUGAAUUUGCGAUCUUUAAAUUUAAUCAGAAGCGAGAAAGUUUAUGAUAAAACAUUUUAUAUUUUCAUCAACCUAUAAAUUAAAAUAUACGCCUCCAAAAUGCUGGUUCUUGUACUUGGUGAUCUUCAUAUCCCACAUCGUUGUGCCAGUUUACCGGUGAAAUUCAAGAAAUUGUUAGUACCAGGACGAAUUCAUCACAUACUUUGCACAGGAAAUCUUUGCACAAAGGAAACGUAUGAUUACCUCAAAACAUUGGCUAAUGACGUACACAUCGUUCGCGGAGAAUUUGAUGAAAAUUUGAGUUACCCAGAGCAGAAGGUAGUUACAGUUGGACAGUUUCGAAUUGGACUGUCACAUGGACAUCAGGUUGUGCCCCGUGGUGAUCCAGAAGCUCUAGCGUUGAUUCAGCGACAAUUAGACGUAGAUAUAUUAAUAUCGGGUCAUACAUAUAAAUUUGAAGCUUAUGAACAUGGAAAUAAAUUCUAUAUCAACCCUGGAUCUGCUACUGGUGCUUUUAACCCUCUAGACGUAAAUGUAAUACCAUCUUUUGUACUUAUGGAUAUUCAAAGUACAACCGUUGUGACAUAUGUAUAUCAACUUAUUGGCGACGAAGUGAAAGUCGAACGUAUUGAAUACAAAAAACUUUAGUGCGGCUGAUAUUGAAUUACACCAUAGCGAACACUAACAUCAGAUGUGUUAAGUACUACCAAUAUUCACAUCAUUAUACUUCAAAAGUUAUUUGUAAAUGUAUGUACGCAUGUACAUUCAUAAAUUACACCAAUGUUAUGAAAAUAUAUAUUCCUAUAAAAUAUAUGUAUGUACAUCGUUGUAUUCAUACACUUUAAAGUUUAUGCGCGAAUAUAACAUUUAUCAAAUUACUUUUAAAAUUUGCAACAAUGUUGAAUAAAAAUUAAGAUAGUUUUAGCCUUCAUACUGGAACAUUGGCUGCUUUGCAAUAUCAACAAUUGCACUUAUAGGAUUCUUCAAUAAAUACUUCAAACAUGUUUGCUCUGCUUUACCGAAAAUUUAGUACCCAAACCAAUAAAAUAAUCUCGUAAUUCUGUAUAAAUUUGAAUUUAUUUAAUUACCGAUGCAUAAAAUUUAAUAUAAUUAUAUUAAUUUCGCAUAUCUUUACUUUUUAAUUACCCUAGCUUUCAAAAUUACAAAAAAAAAAAAUUAUAUAACUUGCUUUGUAAACUGGUAAUAUAAAUUGCUUUUAUUUGCGUUACUUAUUAAAUACUUGUAUUAAGAUAUAUUAAUGAAAUUUAGAAAUUAAUUCAAAAUUAUCAUUUUUGAUGUUACUGUGUGAUAAAUAAAUAACCCAACUAUAAAUAUAAAUUUAGUAGUAUUAAUUUCCACUUUACAAAAACAGGCGAUAAAAACUUAUUUGUUGUUGCAAUACGCCUAAUUGGUA